AUGAGUGAUUUCCAGCACAAAGUUGUCGAAGAAAUUAAUAAAUUAUCUAAUGCGAUUGUGUCAAAUUUACAAAAUCAAACCGAAAAUUUUCUAAUUAUAGAAAAUGUCUUAAAACAUUUGCCAAUAUUCAAUCAUGAAUUGAUUGGAAGCAGUGUAAAUGGUAAUAAAACUGAGUUACAACAAGUAUUUGAAAAUAUAACCAGUAUAAUUGAUAGUCCAUCUAAAUUAGUGGAAAAUUCAACUCCAUUAAAUGACCCAACUUCCUUAACUUUUAGAUUUACAUAUUAUUUGUGCCAAUUAAAUGAAAAACAUAAAUUUAAAUACUCAAGCCAAGUUUUUGUAAUAUUAAUUUCUACUAUAUUGAUAAUAUUAGGGACAUUUGCUUCUAUAAAAUCAAUCCCAUAUACUGCUUUACCUCCAACAGUUAUUCAUCCAUUAUUUGAUCCAUCUGAUUUUGAAUUAGAUACAGAAUGCCAUAUCGUUUAUAAGGAUGAUAAAACUAGUAAAAAAAAGAAACAGAGUAAGAAACAGAAAAACUCAGGAAGACUAAAUCAAUUAGAAGAGAAACAUGCUAUACUUUUACCAUUAUCUAGUAGUAUUACACUAGUUGGGCUAUAUUAUGUGAUAACUAAAUUAAAUAUUAAAUGGAUGAAUUAUAUUAUUAAGGGACUAACUUUUAAUAUCAUUUUAAUUAGUUUACCAGCAGGGAUAUUUGUAUAUUCUUAUCUAAUAACAGCUUUUAUUAGAAACUUCGCCCAUUUAUUUAACUUAAACACAUUAAGGAUACUCAGUAGAUAUCGUGUUACUAUUAGUGAUGACAACGCAGAUAUCAAUAAGAGUAGUGGGUUAAUUACUAAUUACCAUUAUAAAGAUCCAUUGAAUACUAAGGACCCAGAUGAGUUAUAUUUUCAAGAUACAAUUGAUAAUAUCAAAAAAAAUGGACCCAUGAUCAUAGAGAUGUAUAAACGUGAAUUAACUGAACCAACUAAUAUCAAAUCAAAUAGACAACUUGUGAAUCUCUACUUCAAUAUUAGUACAUUGCUUUCUAGUAUCAUAUCAAGUGUUUUAGUCUACCAAUUUUAUAAGAAUCAAACAAACUGGAUUUUUUCCAAUUUAAUAAGUAUGAAUUUCACUAUUUGGUCCAUCUCGCAAAUAAAUUUCAAAAAUUUAAGAACUGGUGUCUUAGUAUUAUCAAUCUUAUUCUUCUAUGACAUAUAUUUUGUGUUUGGAACUAACAUGAUGGUUACUGUGGCUACCAAUUUAGAGUUACCAGUUAAAUUACUAAUACCAAAUGGAAUGGACAAGCUUGAUCCAAAAAAAUUAAGUUUUGGAUUAAUUGGUUUGGGUGAUAUAUGCUUACCUGGCAUGUUCCUAUCAAUCUGUUAUAAGUUUGAUAUCUGGAGAUAUCAUAACAACGCAAACAAGCCAGAAGAAGAAUUCCAUCUAUUGAAUUGGAAAUACAUUGGCAAAUAUUUCAUCCUUGGAAUAAUCAACUAUAUACUGGCAUUAGUGAUAUGUAUUUCUAUGAUGGUUAGAUAUGACAGAGGCCAACCUGCAUUGCUAUAUAUUGUACCAAUGAUUACUAUACCGACCAUAAUUUUAGCCUUUUGUAGUGGAGAGUUGAAAACGUUUUGGACCUUUCAAUACGAUACAAUUGAACUGGGUGCUAAUCUAUUGGAAGAUUCAGAUCAAACUGAUUCAGAAAACCAAGACAAAGACAAAGGGGAGCCUUUGGAGGGAGUCCUUCAAGAUGAGAAGAAAAUUUCUGUAACUUAUUCAGAAUAUUUCAAUAUCACCAACGAAGAACUGUACGACGAACACGAUGACUCCGUAGAUUACGACGAACAAGAUGCUCUACUUGAUGAAGCCAGUGACAACGAAUACACCUACAGUGAAGACAACACGCUCUUGAUCGAUAAUGAUGAAUGA